UAUAAUAGCAUCGUCGACCACUGAUACGUUCAGACAAUUGUACAACAGAAACAUGUGGUCGAUGAAAGUAUCGUAUCUACUGUUCCUAUUCGCGGUUGUCUACUGCGAUGUAAUCGACAACAAAGUCAGCGAUGAGUGCGACCUGUCCGACGCACUCAUCAAAGAAAUCCAAUCGUACCAGCCCAUAGUGGACAAGAUCAUCAGUGCAACAACAAAUGGAAGACACAAAGGGGCGACAUACAAUGAACUGGCAAAAUUUGUGGAUAAAUUCGGAGCCAGAGUUUCCGGUACGCAGAACCUUGAGGAUUCCAUUGAUUACAUGCUCAAUUUGAUGAAAAAGUAUGGACUCGAUAAUGUCCAUGGAGAAGACGUAGAAGUUCCUCAUUGGGUCAGAGGUAAAGAGGAAGCCUGGCUCGUGGAGCCAAGGGUAGCCCCACUCCCCAUCUUAGGUUUGGGAUCAUCGGUAUCGACUGCAAAAGAAGGGAUCCAAGCUGAAGUACUGGUGGUACGGUCAUUCGAAGAACUAAACCAAAGCAAUUUCUCAGAGAAGGCUGCCGGCAAAAUUAUAGUCUUUAAUAACGAUUGGGUCUCGUACGGAGUUUCCGUGGCAUACAGAAGUCAAGGUGCCUCCAAAGCGGCGGAAAAAGGAGCCGUGGCAGCUUUGGUGCGGUCGGUCACGCCCUACUCACAAAGAACUCUUCACACCGGACACCAAAGUUACAAUGAAGGUGUCAGACAGAUUCCUGUGGCGUCGAUUACUGUAGAAGACGCACGAUUCUUCCAAAGGCUCCAAGACAGGGGAGAGAAAAUCGUAGUUAAUCUUACAAUGUUCAAUGAAAAUUACAACAUGUCUACGUCACGAAAUGUUGUGGGAGAAAUUGAAGGUAGCGUAAAACCAGAAAAAGUCGUUAUUGUGUCCGGACACAUUGACAGUUGGGAUGUCGGUGUCGGAGCUAUGGAUGAUGGAGGUGGUGCCUUUAUUUCCUGGUACGGAUUGGCUGUUCUGAGAUCUCUCAAUCUGACUGCCAAGCGUACCGUAAGGUCUGUUCUGUGGACGGCAGAAGAACCGGGCCUUUACGGCGUCAUUGGAUACAAUCAGACGCACUCCCAAGACUUGGAUAACUUUAUGUUUGUUAUGGAAUCAGACGAAGGCACAUUCACUCCUCUAGGUUUGGAAUAUACGGCUGGAAGUCAGGGUGGUUGCAUCAUCAAAGAAAUCCUCAAACUUUUCGAAGCCAUCAACACUACAAGAGCAGAAUAUGGUUAUGGAGUCGGAUCUGACAUUUCAAUUUGGACUAGUACAGGCAUUCCUGGUGCCGCACUGUUAAAUGACAACGAAAAAUAUUUCUGGUACCAUCAUACUGAUGCUGACACUUUGGAUAUUGAAGACCCCGAUACUCUCGAUAAAGCUACAGCUUUAUGGGCAGCUUCAGCUUAUAUUAUUGCUGACCUCAGUAUUGAUUUUCCCAGGGAAUCUGUCUCAGUAGCUGAUGAUAAAAAUAAAAUAUCUGUGAUUAAUGCUGCUAUCAACAGAGAUCCUUUAAAUACACAAUAGGCUGUUGUAUAGAAAGUAUUCAAUAAAAAUAAAGUUAGUUUUAAGUAUAUCCCAUAAAUUGGGUAUAAUAAAUAAAACAAAAAUAUAA